AUGGCGAGCCUGCUGCUGCGGCUGUUCCACAGCGACUACUUCAGCCCGCACCUCGCCCUCUCCUACCUCCGCACCUACUCGGACAACAUCGGCAUCACCUACUACCUCGUCUCGCAGCUCGAGACCGCCUUCCCGCCCGAGGAGGUCGAGUUCUACUGGGCCCAGCUAUGCCACCUCCUCAUCACCAAGCCCUCCGAGUCGCGCGCGCUCGAAUGCUUCAUCUUGCGCAGGUGCGAGGAGUCGGUCCACGUCGCCCUCUUCACGCUCUGGCACUUCCAGGCUUCGCUCUACGACCUCUCGUCGCAGCCCCACACGGCCUCAUUCCAGAUCUGCCAGCGAAUCUUCAACAAGUGCCAGCGCAUCCUCUUCGACGACCCGCUCCGCGCAUCGUCGUCCUCGCCCUACGGCGCAUCGUCGGCCAGGCCCGCGCCUGAAAAGAUCUCGCCCCACAACCCGCUGGCCAGCAUCGUCGGCAUCGGCGCCGUCCUGGCCAGCGUCCCCGGCAUGCCCAGGCUGGCGGACGUCUCGGGCAGGAUCGCAAUCGAGCAGGCGAGAAAGAAGCCGGACAGCACCGACGGCGCCUUCACCACGCGCGCGCCCGCAGAUGAAGCUCAGGACGACGACGGUGCCGACUUGGUGGCGAAUGACGACGAUGACGACGACGACGAGGCAGUCGAUGCUGCCGCCAACGUUGCCGCAGACGAUAGCGCCGGUGAGGAUGGCGAGGGCGCUGAGCGGAGCGCGUCCGCGUCCGCGUCUGUCAAGCCGUCGUCGGCCUCUGCCACCAAUGGCGCAUCUCGAAGUGCAGCCCUGCAUCGGACAGCGGCCGCUCCAAUGGUCCGGGCAGGGACCAUGCCUACGACCAUCGACGGGGCACACUCCGGCGCCGGUUCCGCGCAACCCACAUCCGGAGGGCCCCUCGCCUCCACGGACAGGCCCAGGCAGCAGCAGAACCCCUUUGCGACGUUUGCGGCCGGCUUCAAUGACUUCAAAGACAAGGCGGCGGCGGCCGUCGGCGAGGUGUUCGGUCAAGCGGAAGCCGGGCCCUUGCAACGCAAGGCGCCGGUCGACCCUCCGGCCUGGCAUCGGCAGGGCUCCGCGAACCGCAACGCCGCCUUUGCCAAAAAGGCGGCGAGCUCCAAGUCGGUGCCCAACCUGGUGGCGGCGCGCGGCUCGCUCUCGGCCUUUUCCUCGUCGGCCGCGCUGGCGUCGGACUCGCAGGCGCAGAGGGAGGCGAUGCUCGCGCUCUACGACCGCGAUGCCCGGCGCCGGCUGCUGCGGUCCAACUACUGCCGCGCCCAGACGCAGUUUCUGCUGACGCUGCAGGACAUUUCGGCCAGGCUGCUCCUGCUGCCCAAGCCGGCGCGGCUCUCGGCGCUACGGGCCGAGCUGACCGCGCUCAACCACAAGCUGCCCGCCGAGGUCUGCUUCCCGGUGUGGUGCACCGCCGACGAGCGGGACAGUUCCGGGAGUUCCGGUCACGGCCAUGGUCAUGGCCAGGACCCGGCCACGGCCAAGAGCAGCUCCAGGCAGCCGAGGAGGCACCACCGCGUCAUCCGCAUCAACCCGGGCGAGGCCGUAGUGCUCAACUCGGCCGACCGCGUGCCGUACCUGCUCAACGUCGAGGUGCUCAACAACGAUCUCGACUUUGAUCCGGACCGCCGCCAGAACCGCGAGACGCUGCGGCGGCUCGUGACCGAGGAGGACCAGCGACGGCGCAAGAACGCCUCGCCCGCCGAUAUACCCGUCAUCGUGGCCGACACCCUCUUUGACGGGCCGGCGGGACAGGCAAACGUCAACGGAGGCGGCCGGCACGCGGUCGACGACGAUGCAGUUGCCGAGCGCGCCAGCGACUCGCGGCCGGGCACGCCGCGCCGGGCGAUCACGCCGAGGACGGGCGAGCGCGGCGACCCGGCAUCGUCGGCGGGCGAAGGCAGAUCUGACACGCCGCAGCUCGAGCCGUCCCCGCGGCUGCCGAGCACCCCGCUGCCCGCCGAGGACGAGGAGGAGAUCGAUCUGACCGAGCAGGCGUAUGGCUCCGAUCUGGCCGCGUUCGGAGAGGAGAAGGAGCCGACGUCGAGCGACGAGGAGGACGACCUGGCGCAGCGGAACAAGACCCACGACGCCGCCACGUGGACGUACGCACGCGAGCACGGCGGCGUCGAAGCGGGCAAGCCCUCUGCCAACCGGAGAAAGAGCUUCUCGCUCGACGAGUACUCGGAGCGGAUGCGCACGGCCGCCGUGAUGCUCUCGCAGCUCAACAAGAGCACCAACGCUUCGGCGCAGCCCAUGGUCAACUACGGCCCCAGCGCCAGCUCAAACGCCCAGGGCGGCUGGAGCAGCUGGAUCCUGCCCACGAGCUGGUACGGCGGCGGCGGCGGCGGCAGCGGGUCCGCCACCACGGGCGAGAAGAGCGACAUCGGACAGGGCACCGCCGGCGUCAACACUCACCUCCACGGCAGCGGCGAGGCGUCGCGGGCCUCGAUUGCCGGCUACGAGCGUCCAAGCCAGGUGGUUGGCGGGUCCUCGCGGCUGCUGCAGGCCGACACGGACGCGAUCCGCAAGCGGAUCAUGCAGGAGAUGAUGGCGCUCGAGGAGGAGCGGACGCAGCGGAUGCGAGCGGGCGGCAAGAACCUGGGCCGCAGCCGCAAGUCGAACAAGGCGCCGGCGCCCGAGGACGAGGAGGCGGUGCUGCGCGCCGUCAACAAGGACGACCCGUCGGCGGCGAUGCUGGGCGAGUCGUGGGCGGCCAAAAAGGCGCGCAUCCGGGCGUCGAGCCCGUACGGCCACCUGCCGUCGUGGGACGUCUUUUCGGUGAUUGUCAAGACGGGCGCCGAUCUGCGGCAGGAGCAGCUGGCUGUCCAGCUGAUCAACGAGUUUGGCCGGAUCUGGAAGGAGACGGGCAGCCGCUGCUGGGUGCGCUACUUCCGCAUCCUGGCGACGAGCGAGAGCUCCGGCCUGAUGGAGACCAUCACCGAUGCGGUGUCGAUCCACUCUGUCAAGAAGGAGGCCUACGCCAGGCACACGGGCGACGAGAAGCUGUCCAACUAUACCCUCUACGACCACUUCCUCAACACCUACGGCGAGCCAUCGUCGGCCAAGUUCAACAAGGCGCGGGACCGCUUCCUCGAGUCGCUGGCCGCCUACUCGAUCAUCUCGUACCUCUUGCAGAUCAAGGACCGCCACAACGGCAACAUCCUCAUCGACGGCGAGGGCCAUCUCAUACACAUCGACUUUGGCUUCAUGCUGGGCAUCUCGCCGGGAGGCGUCGGGUUCGAGGCUGCGCCGUUCAAGAUGCCGCAAGAGUACAUCGACAUCCUGGGCGGCCUCGAGAGCCCCAAGUUUGAAGAGUUCAAGCAGCUGAUGCGCUCGGGCUUCCGCGACGUGCGCAAGCACGCCGAGCGCAUCAUUAUGCUGAUCGAGCUCAUGGCAAAAGACUCGAACCUGCCGUGCUUUACGCUGGGCGACCUGACGGCGGCCAACCUGCGCGACCGCUUCCAGCUCGCGCUGAGCCAGAGCCAGUGCGACGAGUUCGUCGACCGGCUGAUUCUCAGCUCGGCGGGGAGCGCCUUUACGCGGCUGUACGACAUGUACCAGCGGCUGACCGAGGGUGUCCUCUAG